AUUGCGGUGUAUAGAGUGCAUAUUACGCUAGGUACAUUAUUGUUAACAUCCCUCAAACCCGUGGCGUCCUCCAUCGCAUCUUGAAUGUCAAAACGUUUGUUUACAAGCGCUGCAACACAGCGAUUCGCAUUUCAUUUUAUCAAAGUUUUAAGAUGGCCAUUUACUCGCUUACGUUCUGAGUUUCUUGAGUAAACACUGUGAACAUUUCGAUAACAAUUUAGCGCUUAUCUUCUCGACAGGGGUGAUCUCGACGCAAAUCGGUUUAAGCGCUCAGGAUGGUGCAAUCGGAUUAUCUAUGCCGCGUUUGCAUGGGUAAAGGUGUGUGGAACAUUUUUAGUAUCAACGCAAUCAACGAUGAAUUAUGCACCGCAGCAUCCAUCAACUACAUCCGUGACAAAUUACAGUACGUCACGGAGCUACAACUGCACGAAGACGAUGGUUUACCAUUGAGGAUCUGUGAACUGUGUAUCAUACAGCUGAACGUAGCAUACCGUUUUAAACAACUCGCUAUUGAAUCGGACUGUAAACUGCGGCAAAGCCUUGAGGCGAGAGCGCGCACACCAGCGUUAACCAAUGAUGAGCAUCUUCCGGAGGUUCAAGCAGAACCCGAAAUAGUAAUGAUCAAAGAUGAAACACUGGAUGAAAUUACCAUAGAGCCUACAACAAUCACCGAAGAACGAUUUGCUUCCCCCUCGCUGCCUAAUAAUGCAAUCGUGCCGAACGAAUUUCCAGCCGAAGGGAUGGUUUACUUACACAAAGAUGUUAUCGAUCCCGCUGAAGAUGAAAUCUACCUAAAGGAUAUUGUGAAAAAGGAAGUGAUUACGAUGCCAUGGCCAAUAACUAACGAAGAAACAACCGAUACCUCCGCUUUACCAUCCAUUCCACCGGAGCAAUGCGAACAGUGGCAAAAACCAGCGAAAUCUUCUCACAAGCGUAAACGAUCCAAAACAUCACUGGAUGAAUUAGAAAAUGAGUUACAAAAUGAUAAAAAAGAAGUACAAAAGGAAACAACAUCGCAGCAGACAUAUUCACACAACGGCACAAGCAGCAGUGCUGAAUCAGCAAAGAACAGGACGAAACCGACAAAAGCUGAGUUGCGCAAAAAGCGAUUGAAGAAAGUUUUGGAUAGUUUGCGCAUCGAUAUGGUGUACAACCCGAUGGAGCGGUACAGUUUGAAGGAGCUCGAAACAGCUCCGAAUGCUGAAACUCCAAGCCCAAAGAUGAUUAUGAAGCGCCGUAAUUCCGUUUGUGUUUCAUCCUUUAAACCAUGGAUAUAGGAUGCUUAUGGUAUUGUAGCGUAACUUGACCAUGCCAACGCGUAGAAUGAAUUUUGUAAAUGAAUAUUGUUGUCGUGACGAAUUUUCCAAACGCUAUACUAUUAGUUGGAAAAAGUUUAAUUGAUUAUUAAUUAGUUUUUAUUGAUUGAAACAGAACCAGUAUUGAGAUACGCCGGUCCUAUUCCAGAUUGUAAUUAGCAUAAUUAUCGGUAUAAAGUAGCUCUCUGAUGAAAAAGACAAAUUAGGUACAGAAUGCUAUUGAAAAUCUGUUGAAAUUUCGUAGUACUCGUGUUAUAACAGAAAUAAAUCGAAACAAAUCAACAGAAAUAAUUUACCAAAAACUGAAAA